GGGGGAAUGGGGGGGAUGGGGCAGUGGGGGAGGGGGAUAAAUACCCCCUCCUCCUGCUGCUGCUGCUGUUGCUGGAGGUAGGUAGAGAAGAUAAACAGAUAAACAGACAUCAGACAUCGCCAUGCUCGACGUCAAGAACAAAACCGCCAUCAUCACCGGCGCCGGCAGCGGCAUCAACCUCGCCUUCGCGACACUCCUCCUCUCGCACGGCUGCUCCGUCCUAAUCGCGGACCUCUCCCUCACGGCGCCCGCACAAGCUUUGCUCUCCGCCUCGCACCCCCACGGCGCGCGGGUGUUAUUCAAGCACUGCGACGUCUCAUCCUGGGCCGACCUCUCGUCCCUCCUGCCGUACUGCCAGACGCACCUCUCAUCCGCCGACAUCGUCGUAACGGGCGCCGGCAUCUUCGAGCCCGAAUGGAGCUCCUUCUUCUGGGGUUCGGAGUCGGACAGCGACAGCCGGUACAAGACGUUAGACGUGAACCUCGUUCACCCGAUCAAGCUAACCCGGCUGGCGAUCUCGUCCUUCAUCUCCUCCCGCAAGUCCCGCGCGGUAGUUCUACACAUCAGCAGCAUAUCCGGGCAAACGCCCAAGCUGUCGGCACCGAUCUACACGGCGGCAAAACACGGGAUCAACGGGUUUGUGCGAUCGUUUUCACGGUUGGAGGCGGAGAUGGGGAUCCGCGUGGUCGCCGUGGCGCCGGGUGUGGUUAGGACCCCGCUGUUCCUCGAUAAUCCUGAGAAACUGCAGAUGAUCGAUGAGGAGAGGGAUACGUGGACUACGCCUGAGGAGGUCGCCGAGGCGAUGCUCAUGUGUGUAAGCACCAUGGACGUGAGGGGCGGAGAGAUACUGGAGUGUGGACAUGGAUAUACGAGGAAGGUGGACAUGUUUAUGGACCCCGGCCCCCCCAGUAAAGAUGGCACGAGAGGGUGUAGUCUGGCGAAGACGCAUUUGCUUGAUGAUCAGGCUAUGCAGGUCUUGGUGAGGGAGAGGGAGGCGGCGGAGAAGGCGGCGGCGGAGGGGAAGGCGGAGGUGUAGGAGAUGCAGGUGGGAGACAGGGGAGGUGGGACUGUGGGCACGGGAGGUGUAGGUGGAGGGGCCGUUCAUGUUUUUUUUUUUUGCCGGUGUACCUACCG